AUGAGCUGCUAUAGCCAUUUUGAAAGAGCUGCAGGCAACCCCAACAGUCUAUUGGAGAUUAUCUUGCAAAGAAUUCCGCUGCAGACGCGAAAGGUGCUUGGAAAAGCAGAUUUGAAGGCGACAGACCUUCUCGACCUCCCGUCGAUCCCUUUCAAGUGCAUGCAUAGGUUGGUGUAUAUCGAUGUGGCUACGGAGCUACGUGAGGAACAAAUUCACCGGGAGAAGAAGUUUGACAAGUCCUCGAGAUUAUACAAGGAAGCAAAGUCCUUGGUCAAUGCGGAAGAAGCAUCGAAAGUCAGUCUUUAUGUAGGUUCUUCCAUCCGCAAGGGAGGAUCGUGGAAGCGAAUUCAGGAGCAUUAUGCAGCGGCAAACAAUCCUGAAAGCAGUGGAAACAUGCAUUAUCGUGAGAUAUCGAAAUCCAACGUCGUUACUAAUUUCAGAGUGCUCGGCGUGUGGAAAAAUACAUACAUCAAUGACAGCCAUGUUGGCCAAGAUACCGGCAAAUGGAUCACCCUAGUUGCGGAAGCGUUGAUGGUGGUAUAUCUAGGCAUUUAUACAGAGCAAAAUGCGGUAACAUCAAGAGCUUAG